AUGAACACCCGUCCUGUUAUCGAUGACUCUGCAGGACCAAUUGCUUUGUCUGCCUCGUUCAACAGCGAUGCCAGCUGCUUCGCUGUUGGCCUGGACACAGGCUUCUGUGUCUUCAACUCAGACCCGUGCGAAUUAAAGGCCUCUCGAGAUCUGAAUGCCGGGAUUGGAGCGGCUGAGAUGCUCGGUCGAUACAACUACCUUGCUCUAGUAGGAGGCGGGAAGAAUCCAAGAUGGCCGCAGACAAAGGUCAUGAUCUGGGAUGAUGCCAAACAGAAAGUUGCCAUCACGCUUGAGUUGAAGACCGCAGUCCUCCGCGUCCGCCUGACCAAGUCAUGGAUUGCCAUUGCCAUCCAAAACAGCAUCCACCUAUACAAAUUCUCGUCUCCUCCCGAAAAGACAGCCGUCUUCGAGACGGCAGACAACCCGCUGGGUCUUUGCUCUUUGGGUUCAAGGCUGGUGGCAUUCCCGGGCCGGUCGCCAGGGAAAGUCCAGCUCGUGGAAUUGGCUUCGGGCAAUGUUAGCAUCAUACCAGCACACACCUCCGCGCUGCGUGCCAUGGAGCUCAGCGCGGACGGACAACUCUUAGCGACAGCCAGUGAAACGGGGACUUUGAUCCGCGUCUUCUCAACGUCCAACUGUACCAAGGUUGCCGAGCUUCGUCGCGGAGUUGAUCCGGCGUAUAUCUUCAGUAUUGCAAUCUCGCCAAAUUCCAGCAUGCUCGCCGUCACCUCUGAUAAAUCUACACUUCACGUCUUCGAUAUUCCUGGCUCACAAGCUUCACAGCCUACUAGCCCGCUUAACCCACCCCGCCGCUCGCAAUCUCCCCACGUCGCGGGCGACGAAGAGUCCUCUACGAACCAGAAAUGGGGUUUCCUUUCCAAGAUCCCCCUAUUGCCACGUGUUUUCUCCGACAUCUACUCUUUCACCUCUGCGCAUUUUGAAAUGGGCGACGAAAACGCAGGAAUAAAUGGGUCCUCACUCUCCUAUCUCCCUGCUCUAGGGUCACUGCCAAGCCGGCCGCAGAAGGGGAUCCUCGGAUGGACAGACAAUUCAACGUUGAUCUGUAUCGGUACUGGUCGCGAUGCUCGGUGGGAACGAUUUAGGGUUGGUGAACGCCCUGGUCUUGCGGAGGAAGGCCAAAGGGUGAUCUGGAGAGACGGUUGGAGGAAAUACCUGGGGAGCUAA